UAACAAGAUUCCUGCCGUCAUCAACAACAUGGGAAAAGACAGGGAGAAUAUUUUUGAGUGCAUGUCUCAGAAGAAUUGGAAAACUCCCACACACAGUAGCACCAGAACUGGAGACCCAGGCAGGAGGAAAAGUGUUCCGGGGACCAGAAGUGAGGGGACAAUGCGAGUCCACGUGCACACCAAGUUCUGUUUCCUGUGUGUGCUCACCUUCCUCUUCCAUCAGUGCAACCACUGCCACGGAGAAGGCCACAGCCAUCAGCACGGUGAACAUCCCAAUGACGGCCAUGACGUCCACAGCGACCUGCAGAUUUCUGAGGCUCCUUACAUGAGCGGAUCCACUGUGUCGCCAGAGUCCAAGAGUCCCCGAGGGGACAGUCUAGAGGAAGAGCAGCGCUUCUACAUCCAGCAGCUGUUCAACCGCUACGGCCAGAAGGACCGGCUGGAUUUCAAGGGAUUUCAGAGUCUGCUCUUUAGCCUGGGUUUGGGUGAAGUGAAGGUGGUAGGUGCGGAUCACGAGGAACUAGGCCAUGACCAUGUAGCUCACCUUGACUUGGUGGAUAUACAAGAGGGGCUUCACACACAUUCACCCAAGGAAGACCAUGAUCAUGAUCACGGGCACGGGCAUGGGCAUGGUCAUCAACACCACAAGCCCGGCUCUGACCGUCUGCACACGGCAGAGGCAACCACAGCGUGCAGCCAGCAGACCACUGCUGCCAGUCCAGCUACUGGUGCACCUACAGGGCAUGACCAUAAACAUGAACAUGGCCACAAUCAUAGACAUGAUGCAGGACAUAAUCAUAAUCACAGCAAGGUAAAGGAUAGUGACCAUAAACAUUCUGAUGGACAUGUGCAGGACACACAUGAUCACGAUCAUGAAAACAACCAUGAUCAGGUGGCACAUGACAAACAGCACAAACAUGAGCAGGUACAGGUGCAGUCCAACCCCAAGGACAUAACUUCUCAACCUCAUAGUGAACAUGACCACGGUGAUCAUGACCACGCUGAUCAUGACCAUGGUGAUCAUGACCACAGUACACAUGACCACGGUACACAUGAACAUGACCACGGUACACAUGACCACGGUACACAUGAACAUAACCAUGGUGAACAUGACAGCGACCACAAUCAUGACCAUCCAGUACAGACGGGCACAGAUAGUCCUCUCAUCGGCCAGGAGCAGGUACCCACUGUCCCCUCGGGGCCGUCCCCUGUCCCUCAGGAGACCUCUCCUGCACCAAUAGAAAGCAAGACCAAGAAGCCCAGAAAUCCAGCGCGGGUCAGAGGACAGCGUGGGCGAAACAAAACCUCCUCUCCCAUAUCUCCGUCUGACGACCAUGAGCACAAACAUGGACACGGACACAGUCAUUCUCAUAAACAUAGGAGAGAAGCACCAGGAGGGCCGGCCACCACCACUCUGCCGGCCCCCAUCCUGCCUGGGCAUCCAGGUGGAUUUUUACAUCAGCAUGAGGAGUGUUUGAACCUGACGGAGCUCCUCACCUACUACGGCCUGACUCCCGAAUCACUAAUCUCCCCCAGCCAGUUCACCUACCUGUGUCCUGCCCUGCUCUACCAGAUUGAUAGCCGUGUUUGUAUCCGCCAUUACCACCAGAUGGAUGUCGAGCAGGAAGCCUUGGCGAAAGUCAGUACUGUGAUGGUCUGGGUCUGGGGCUUUGUGUCCAUCACCAUCAUCAGCCUGCUGUCUCUGCUGGGCGUGGUGCUCGUGCCCAUCAUCGACCAGGGCUGCUUCAAGUUCCUGCUCACCUUCCUGGUGGCGCUGGCCGUGGGAACGCUCAGUGGCGACGCUCUGCUUCACCUGCUCCCCCACUCUCAAGGGCAGCACAACCACAGCGAGCCUCGGACCAGCGACAAGACGGACAUGCUCACAGAGUUCGAUGGCGUGUGGAAGGGGCUGACGGCGCUGGCCGGCAUCUACCUCCUCUUCAUCAUUGAACACUGCCUCGGCAUGUUCAAGGUCUACAAAGACCAGCGGGCCUUGAAGAAGUCAAGGGAGGAGGGAAAGAUUGGCAGGAAGUUGUCAGACCACAAGCUGAACCGGCGCUCGGAUGCCGAGUGGCUGCACCUGAAGCCGCUCAGCGAAGACCCGGACAGCACGGCCGUCUCCUGUGACAACGGAUACAACGACACACAGCUCACAGAGUUCCAACCCCCGGACUCCCCCACUAACAAGACGCCGCUGGCCCCCGCACCCCCCCAACAGGACGAGCCGUCACCCGCCAAGGAGGUCGCCCCUAAGACCAAGCAGCACAGUCACAGACACGGCCACGGCCACUCCCACGGGGGGAACUGCCACUCGGACCAGGAGAUGAAGGACGCUGGGAUAGCCAGCAUCGCCUGGAUGGUCAUAAUGGGCGACGGCAUGCAUAACUUCAGCGACGGCCUGGCAAUAGGUGCAGCGUUCAGCGCCAACCUGACAGGAGGCAUCAGCACAUCAGUGGCGGUUUUCUGUCAUGAAUUACCUCAUGAACUUGGUGACUUUGCCGUGCUGCUGAAAGCCGGGAUGUCGGUGAAGCAGGCCAUCUUCUACAAUCUGCUGUCCGCCCUCAUGGCCUACUUCGGCAUGAUGAUUGGCACCGUCGUGGGCCAGUACACACACAGUGUCACCAACUGGAUCUUCGCCAUCACAGCCGGCAUGUUCCUGUAUGUGGCUCUGGUGGAUAUGCUGCCAGAAAUGCUCCACGGGGACAGUGAGGAACACAAGCGCUGCCAGAUGGGACACUUUGUGCUGCAGAACCUGGGCAUGCUGACCGGGUUCGGCAUCAUGCUGCUCAUCGCCAUCUUCGAAGACCAAAUCGUUUUCGAUUUUGGCUUCUUGUAGAGUAGA